AUGCGUAAUCUUCAUGCGGGAAUUCGUCAAAUGACAUACUUAUUAUCGUUGGAGCAUUUCAUCGUCGAUGUACACCAUUCGGUCAAGAGAUGCAUCUAUAAAUGCCCAAAUUGUAUGAGACAGCGUGCUAUUCCCUUUAAGCAGCAGAUGGGAGAUUUACCUAGGCAGCGACUGGAGCCAGGAUUAGCUUUCAACAACACCGGCGUUGAUUACGCUGGUCCCUUUAUCGUUAGUUCUUGGAAAGGUCGUAGUGCCAAGCGAUUUAAAACCUAUAUCGCCUUAUUCAUCUGUUUAGCUACCAAGGCUCUUCAUUUAGAAGCAGUUACGGAUUUAACCUCAGAAGCCUUUAUAGCUGCCUUACGACGUUUCGUUGCCAGGCGUGGCCGUUGCGACACCAUCUUCAGCGACAAUGGCACGAAUUUCGUCGGCGCCAAUAAUCAGCUUCGCGAAUGGUCCAAACAAUUUUUCUCAGACCAAUUUCAAGGUGAUGUCACCGACGAAUUGACGACCCAGGGCAUAAACUGGCGCUUUAUACCUCCACAUGCUCCACACUUCGGUGGUCUGUGGGAGGCCGGCGUCAAAACGGUGAAGUUUCACCUCCGGAGAAUACUAGGCAAUACUAUAGUUUCGUACGAAGAAUUUACUACAAUACUUUGUCAGAUAGAAGCUUGCGCCAAUUCUCGACCGUUGUGUUCGCGUUUUGAAGGAGACGUUGAUCCUCUUACGCCAGCACAUUUUUUAAUUAUGCGUCCCAUGACAAGUGUUCCUGACCAGACCAUAGACGAUGGCGUUAAAACGUUAAAGAGAUGGCAAUAUGUUCAGCGGCUUGUUCAACAGUUUUGGAAAAGGUGGUCGAGCGAUUACAUCAGUCAGCUCCAAAAACGAAAUAAAUGGGCUGAGAAGCUCAAGGACAUCGAAAUAAAUAAUAUCGUUAUCAUCAAAGACGACAAUCAGCCCCCAUGCCAGUGGCUCGUUGGUAGAGUUACUCAAGUCUAUCCAGGAACUGAUGGUUUAGUUCGAGUCGUAUCCGUUAGAACGUCCAAGGGAGAAGCAAAGCGACCAAUUUCCAAUAUGUCCGCUAUUCAUAGACAUUUAGUUGAAAUAUCUUUCAACGGCGGGAGGAUGUUUACCAGUCUAAAUUUAAAUGUUUGCCAUUGCGUUAUUUUCUUAAACUUACUUAUCAUUAUUGUGAAUUAA